AUGUCCCUGCUACCACCCAAUGGCUUGGCUAUGGUUGGCCAUGCCAAUUGCUUUUCAACCAGCAGAGCUGAUCAAUUCUACCCUGGUGACGUUGGAACUCUUCAUACUCGAGAAGUAGUUUUAGUGGCCAAUGGCUCAGUGGGCAAAGGUGACUUUUAUAUGACAGAAGACCCAGGCGACUGGCAUCGAAUGGAGACGACCAGCACCAACUGGUUUGAUCCGCCUCAAAGAGCCCUGGUUGAGUAUCGGCUCAAUGGGUUUGGCAGUCUUCAGAUCCAAUGGGCAAAGAAACCAAACAAAUCUUCAGAUUCGUGGAGGAUUCCGGUAGAGCAUCGGUCCUUGUACAAGAUGGAGCUCGCAACCGCCGAAGUGAGGAGAUACGUUCGAGACCAGAACUGCAGGUUUCUGCCACGGGCGGCUCUUUCGUUCCUUUCUUUCGGAAAUGACACUUUUCGAAAAGUCCAUCGCUGCUGUGAUGCCAUCCUGGGGUAA